AUGAUAAAAUGGCAAAAUAAGAUUAGGAAAGGAAAAUCAGAUUUGAGAAAAGGGGUUCUAUCAAACAGAGCUUGCAAUUAUUCAAGUCUUAAUCAACAGAGCACCAAGAAGCUGAAUUUUAUUCGUUAGAUAUUCAAAAGAUGUAAUAAUAAAUAGAGAAAUAACAUAAAAGCAAGAUGA